AUGAAGUUUACUGGAUUCACCACUUCCCUUGCCCUCGCUGGCUUCGCUUACUCCGCUGCCCUCCCCGCCUUUGGCGAUGUUGAGUCCACUGUGGCAGGUGUCAAAGAUACCGUUGUCGGAGGCGUUGUUGGUCCCGUCGUCUCCACCACCGGUGGUCUGACUGGCGCCACGAAGCGCACUGAUUUCGAUGGCCUGAAAGAAACUGUUCAAACCGUUCCCAGGAUAGUCGACGGUGGUGUUGCUAUCGCUUCCGGUGCUGUUGGAACCGUCGCCGGUGCCGGGAAGCGCGAUCAUAUCACCUCUGUAGGGGAAACUGUCCAGGCUGUGCCCGGUGUGGUCAACAGCGGUGUUAACACUGCUGCUGGGGCUGUUGGUACCGCUAAGGGUGUCGCUUCCGGUGCUGUUGGCACCGUCGCCGGUGCCGGGAAGCGCGAUCAUAUCACCUCUGUAGGGGAAACUGUCCAGGCUGUGCCCGGUGUGGUCAACAGCGGUGUUAACACUGCUGCUGGGGCUGUUGGUACCGCUAAGGGUGUCGCUUCCGGUGCUGUUGGCACCGUCGCCGGUGCUGGGAAGCGCGAUCAUAUCACCACUGUAGGGGAGACUGUCCAGGCUGUGCCUGGUGUGGUCAACAGCGGUGUUAGCACUGCUGCUGAUGCCGUUGGUACCGGUGAGAGCAUUACUUCUAAUGCUGCCUACACUGCAAAUGGUGCUGCUUCCAAAGCCGGUGCUCUUGGCAAGCGCCAGUUCGAGAAUUUUGCCGGUCCCAUCGCUGGCACUGCUGCCGCUGUCACUGGAAGCUCAGUUCCCGCCGUCGUUCAUAAGGUUGGAACCACCGUCGAUGGUACUAUCAAGCCCCGCAAUUUCGAAGCCAGCAUCGACAACAUCAUCGCCGCUCUGACCAACAACCCUCACGGUUUCGCUAUUUCUCUUGCUGGCCUCGCCCAUGCCGUCAACGUCGACGAGAUCACUCAGGACCAGCUCUCUGAGCUCCCCGCCCUCCAGGCCGUCCUCGCCCUCCUCCACCUUUAA